CUGACAAAGCCUGACAAACCAAUAUUUCCCGCCUGUAUGUAAACAAACAUUUCCUUGGUCUCACAACUUUUGCGCAAACCAAUUAACCGUGUUAACUAAAAUGGCAAAGGUACACGAAGCACUGAAACCGAUCCAGUGGCUAAUCGGCACCUGGGAAUCGGUAACGGCCAAGGGCAGCUUUCCGACGAUCAAAGACUUUUCCUACAACGAGGUGAUCAAGUUCCUGUCGAUCGGGCAGCCGUUGCUUAACUACGAGGCCCACUCCCGCCAUCCCGAGUCCGGCGCCCCGAUGCACCUGGAGCGGGGCUUUCUGCGCAUCAAACCCGGCACCAGCCAGGUUGCCUUCAUGGUGGCACACAACUUUGGCCUGGCCGUGCUGGAGGAGGGCGAAGCAACGGACCACGAACUGAACCUGACCUCUAAAUCGGUCGAGCGUAUGUCUUUUGCGAAAGAUCCGGCCGUGAAAGCGAUUCGCAAAAGAUACUGCCUCAAUGCGGACGGGACGCUGGAGAUUCAGACGGACAUGGAAACGGAUACCACGCCGAUGACGAACCAUUUGCGUGUGGUGUACAAACGUACGGAUUGAAGUGGAUAGCAGGGUCGAGAAAAUAGCUUCGGGUGCAGGCAGACAAACAAUGUUCCUUUUGCAUUAGUGGUUAGCAUCGAAUGGUGUUGGACAGUGUAGGUUAGUUGUUACAGUUUCUAAUUAAAAAUCCGAUGAUCAAAUGA